AUGCUACCUAAUGCACUUUUUUGAAUAUAAUGGACUUGAAUCUAAGAUCUCCAUUAACACUUUCGCCAUAUAGUUUUAUCUUGCUAGAUCAUUUUCCAUUAUUUGCAUAAAGCUGUACAAUCAGUCUUAGUUUAAUAUAUUUUAACUUUUUAUUUAUCUAAUUUAUGCUGCUUAUUUCACUUACGUCUCAUCUUCUGUUACUGAUGUCACUCAGUUGAUCACAUUAUUUUCAUAUGUUGUUCAAAUUCUGUGAAGUUUCUCCUUUUGAAUUCUUUCUUUCUACUGCAGGUUAAAUUAAGUACGGGAUCUGAAGCAUAUUUAGUCCGGAUUCGAAAUCCUUGGGGAAAUGAUACGGAAUGGAACGGCCAGUGGAAUGACAGUGACAAGAACUGGCAUAAAGUGGACUCUAAUGUCAAAGAAAAGAUGGAUUACAGUAAACGUGGAGAUGGGGAAUUCUGGAUGAGUUAUCAAGACUUUUGCAGAGAGUUUGAAGAAGUUACAAUUUGCAGCUUAACACCGGAUUUAACUUAUUAUAAUUCGCUUAAGAAAUCAAAAAUUAAGGAUUCCUCUCAGCUGGCAACUGUAAUGAAAUCAAUUUACGGCCGUUGGGAAGAAGGCAAAAGCUGUGGAGGCUCUCGAAACAACCUUGAGUCAUAUGCAACAAAUCCACAGUACCUGCUCACAUUAUCACAAAAAUCAAGUCACGAUGCAGAUCAUAAAUGCAAUAUUGUAAUUGCACUCAUGCAACUGAGGCGACGCUGCGUCCGCCAUCCAAACAGGAAGAUGCUUCAGAUUUCUUUUGUCGUUUUUAAAGUAAGAGAAUCUGUAAGGCAAACUCUGAAGAAUUUCCGCGAAAUAGAAGAAGUGGGAAGCUCAGGUCCGUAUGUCAAUUACAGAGAAGUAUUUGGCAGGUUUGAAAUACCGCCGGGAAAUUACGUAAUUGUUCCUGCAACAUUUGAGCCAAAUUCUCCUGGAUCAUUUUACAUUCGUGUGUAUGCAGACACUCAAGCAUCGUUAAGGGAACUCUGACAUCUGGAAAAACCCAAGAAGAAAUACAGAAAUUGCCUGCCUUAAUUCGAAAAAAUAAUAUAAGGAAAGAAUUUCAUCGAAUGUUCACGUUUUAUUAACAUUAUAAGUCAUUCGAAAGAGAUACGACAGACUCUACCCAAAGCUAUUUCCAAUAUUUUUAUGUCAUUCCUUUAUAUUCUUAAAUAAACAAUGUUAUAAAAAUUUA